CCAAUAUUUCCUUAGUAGGAUGGGGUUGGUCAGUAUAUAAGCCUGACAUAAAAAAAUGUAAAUUCAACAGUUUCUAAGUCAAGCUUAAUCAAUCAACUAAAACAAUGUUUGGGGUUUUGUUCAGUGCAAUGCUAGUUUUAUCCCCAGCGGUAUUAGGGCGACCACAGGAGCCUGCUCCGCAGGCCGCAGGAACAUCCCCUCAACAGCACCAGGACGGAUCAACCCCAAUUCCAAUUGUUAGCCAAUCUGCGGAGACAAAAGAGGAUGGGGGAUUUAGCUACAGCUUCGAAACUGGCAACGGAAUUAAAGUCGAGGAAAGUGGAACUUUGAAACAAGGGGCGCCGCAAGCCAGGAGUUUGGACGGCGGUAAUGAAACUAGCAGCGAUACUGUGGUCGUUUUGCAAGGUAGCUUCAGCUACACCGCUCCUGAUGGACAAGUUAUCAAUCUCAAGUAUAUUGCUGACGAAAAUGGUUUCCAACCUGAAGGUGACCAUAUUCCCACUCCCCCACCAGGUUAUCAGGAUGCUUUGAAACAAGCAGCUCAGCAACAGUCCCAGGAGGCUCAACAACAGCCACAAGUGUCUCAGAUAGCUCAACAACAACCACAAGUGCCUCAGGUGGCUCAACAACAACCAAAAUUAGCUCAGGAAGCUCAACAACAGCCACAAGUGCCUCAAAUAGCUCAACAACAGACUCAAGCACCUCAAUGAAAAGUAUCGGAAUUUCGAAGCUACAAAAAAUUCAGUAUUAAUUAAGUGCAACGUGUGUUAAAAAAUUGUUUAUAUGUAAUUAGCUUAUAGGUUUUCUAAAUGAGAAUAAAAUUAUUUCAA